AUGACUCAAACAUUGUACCUUGACAACAACGAGAAUGUCGUAGAGACCAGGAUGAUCGAGAAGCAUCCAGAGGAUGCACUCAAGACACUCAUCAGCCAGCAAACAAUGGGAAUCGUCUACAAGGACUUCUUACAUGCGACAAUAUCAAGCGUAAUGAAGCAUGGGGACAAUAAGCUUAAAAGGCUCCUUUACUACUUCUUUGAGACGCUGAUCGAGGAUCCGUCUUUCGUGAUGUGUGUUAAUCAGAUCAACAAAGAUCUGAGUUCGCCCAAUGAGUAUGUACGUGGAUUUGCACUGAAACUAGCAGCAAAAUUCACUAAUUACGAUCACGUGAACCUACAGGCUGUUAAAGACAACUUGAAUUACAAGCACUAUUAUGUGAGGAUGAAUGGUGUGAUUUGUCUGGCUGCACUUGCAAACAGAUUUGAUCUGGAUGUAGAGAGUGAUCUGGUCAGCAUGCUUGAUACAGAGACAAACAGCCUGGUUCAACGUGCCAUAUUCAUUGCCAUGUACAGCCUAGCAAUCAACUUUGAGGAAUAUAUUUCUGAUUUUGAUAGAAUCAGGUCAGAAGACGUCCUUGAGUUUCUGGUUGAACACGUCAAUGACUUGGAAUUCCUCAAAAAGUGCGCAAAAGUUGAAAGUGAUACGGUUCAAUUCAAAUCAAUGUGCAGACUGCUUGAAAUGAAUGAGCCUAUCAGCAUAGGUAGAAUGUUUGAAAUAUUGAAGAAACACAAUGAAUUUAAGGCAGAUUUCACCAGAUACAUCUGCUUCAUCAAACAGGAUGUUGUUCAGUACCUGAAUCUGCUGGAUCCGUAUGAGGUUGAUUUCAGCCUGAAAAUCAUUGACAAAUCCAUCAAAUUGGCUGAUUCAGUCGAAUACACCAAAAUCUCUCAGAUUCUUUACGAAAAACAGCUUGAAAUGGGAACUGCCACUGAAAUCAGAAAAUCAUUCAAAAUUGCCCUGCUUGACAAAAUUGUUGAGAUGAUCAGAAACUACUGUGUUUUUGCAGAUGGCCUGGUUGCAGAAAUGUUCGAGAAUUUCGAAUGCUCUGAUCCUGAUUUGGUGUACGCAAGUCUUAAGGUUCUAAAUGCCAUCAAAACAGACAACCUGAUCAAAAAUGACGAUUUCAAUAAGAAGCUGAUUUCGCUACUCAGAACCAUUCGAUAUGGCAAAAUAUUCAGGUACUGUAUUGAUACAAUUGGUAUCAACAUCACAGAAGAAGAGUUCCGCCUGUUACUGUCGCAGACUUUCGAGGAUUUUGAUGACAAGUUGGUUUUCUACCUGAGCAUCGAAUCAGAGGUGUUUUUAGGGGGAUAUUUCUGCUACUCAAUUUGCACAAUGCUAAAAAGAAUUCUGGAAAAAGACGUCACAAACACACCUGAAUUGAAAUCAAAAACAAUAGCCCUAUGCAUCAAAUUCAUUGAAUUUGGUAAGGAAUCCACUCUAAUGGAUCAGUCAACCCAUGCAUCCAUCAUCACAGCCAUUCGAUACGUUUUGGAUGACACAAAAAAGGCAGUUGAAUUGCAGGAGACAACGAGCCCUGUCAAAAACAGCGCCUGUGAUCUGUUUGCACCCUUAGAUAUUUCACUCCUCAAGAAAUCCAACAAAAUCAAAAAGUACAAAUACGAAAGAGCCCUGGAUUCCAAGACAAAAACGAUUCAACUUUCUGGCCUGGGUGAUCCACUCUACGUUGAGUGCAACUUGAUCUACACAAAAUACGAGUGCAUUCUUGAUCUAUUGAUCAUCAAUCAGACUGAGUUCUAUUUGCCUGAAUUCAAUAUUGAUUUCACACAUUCAAGACAUCUCAAAUUGGUUGAUACUCUCUAUCCAACUGGAAUUCAACCAUCUACAGCAGUGACUCAGAAAGUGACGUUCAACAUUCUUGAAUCAUCAAACUCGUUCAUUACGGCAUCACUCAGCUUCAGGUAUCCAAAACACGGUGACUACGCAAAUAAGCCGUAUACACAGCAUUUGGGAGAAAUCAAACUGGAUAUUCAGGAAUUGUUGGAGGAAGUCACUGAUGAAAUUGAUUUCGUAGGGCAGUGGAAGACACUUGAAUGGGAGAAUAUCUAUUCACUAACUACGCCUAUAAACAACAUGGAUGAAAUAUUGAAGAAAUUGGUUGAGAAGGUGAACGGGAAAUUAGUCAGCAAAGAAAGCGUAUUCAACUUUCUGGUAGCAAACUUCGUCUGUAGGACAAUUCAGAAGAGUCUGGUGCUGGUGAAUGUGUGUAUGGGAGAGAGCAACCAAAUUGAAAUACGCGUGAGAAGCAAGGAUGAAGCAGUGGUAAAGAGUAUUGCAAACUUAUUAGGUAAUUGCAUAAAGUAUUAA